UAAACAGGCUGCAAGGAGUAUUUGUUUUUCCAAUCAGUGCUGGUUUGGAAUACCUAAAGUGUUAACUUGUUUGUGGAUCUGCUCGUGAUGUAAACAAUGAAACAAAACCUCCGAUGACGAGUUAAGAUCAAAUUGAUUGGUUUGAAUAACAACAAGUGUGUAUAAACUUUGCGUUUUAACAAACAGUAUUUAAGUGCUUCGUUAAAAUCCAGUGCAAUUGUUCGUGCAAUGUUCUAAGAUGAUUACGCAAAAGAUCUAUCCAGAAGUCAGCACCAUGUCCACGUCCGCCAACGCGAUGUCGCCGAUGACCACGGCGGGCUACAUGAACUCGAUGUCGUGCGUUUCGAUGGCCCCGAUCAACGGCUCGCCCCAGGCCUCAUCGAUGUUCGCACCCGGUGGAAUGCUGGGCUCCGGAAUGUCGGCCGGUAUGAACAGAAUGACGGUGGGCCAGCAAAUCAACGACACGUCCCAAUUGGGCUACACGACCAUCGGAUCGCCGAUCUCGAAUAUGGGCGCCUGCAUGGCCGGCGGACCGAUGACCAUAAACAACUACAAUCCCACGAGUCACAUAGGCCGUGGAGAUUUGAGCGGCGGCGACACGUCCCCGAAUUCCGCAUUGCAAAGGGCCAGAGCCGACAAGUCGUACAGGAGAUCGUACACUCACGCGAAGCCGCCUUACUCGUACAUCUCGCUGAUCACGAUGGCGAUCCAGAACAGCCCGCAGAAAAUGCUCACCCUGUCCGAAAUCUAUCAGUUCAUCAUGGACCUGUUCCCGUUUUACAGACAGAACCAGCAACGUUGGCAAAACUCGAUCAGACACUCGCUGUCGUUCAACGAUUGUUUCGUUAAAGUGCCAAGAACGCCGGACAAGCCGGGCAAGGGCUCGUUCUGGAGUCUGCAUCCCGAAUCGGGCAACAUGUUCGAGAACGGCUGUUAUCUGCGACGCCAGAAACGUUUCAAAGACGACAAGAAAGAGGUUCAGAGACAGCACAAGAGUCCGUCUCACAGCAUCGACAACAGCAACAGUUCGGGUAAGAAAACUCCCUUACACCAUUCCGACGAUAAAUCUCACCACCUAGACAAGACCGAUAAUUUGGGCAGCAUGCUCAACAUGCAUCCGACUAAGUUGGACGUGGAGCAAAUCAAUUUGCUUCACCCCAACGAGCUAAAUCUGCAUUCGCAUCAUGGUCAAAACAUGUCGCAUGAGGAACAACUCUCGGCGAUGCUGAACAGAAACAACCACUUGUUAGCCAAUGAUCCGCAAGCGGCUAUGCUCCAUCACGGUGCCAUGAACCACCAUUUGAAGCAGGAAUCUCCGGGUUACACUCCAUCUAACCACCCGUUCUCGAUCACAAGGCUCUUGCCGACCGAAAGCAAAACAGAUAUCAAGAUGUAUCCGUCGGAAAUGGGAUACGGCUAUCAGACGUUGAGUCCGCUGCCCAAUUCCAUACAUUCCACGUCCAUAGGCAAUGAUUAUUACAACAGUCCUUCGUUGUACCAUCCGGCUGGUGCGACGACAUUGUGACAGUAUCCGCUGGCCUAAAAUGACUCGAAAUAUUUGUUAUGUAAAUAGUUUUUUAUGUUGUUAAAGGAGAUUUCUGUGCAGUGUAAUAUAGUUUUAAUUCUCAUACUUUCUAUUCGGUAUACAAAAUAGAUGUAUAGGACUAGCUUUGUGAGGAAACAUUUUCUUUCGGUAAUCUCCGUUUAUUUCGAUCUGUAUUUGUUUCUCUAAUAUGUAAUUUAUUGUUUUAUAUUGCUACUAUUUCAGAUAUUAUGUAAUUUCGUACUGGAACGAAAUAAUCUGCUUUGUAUCGAAUUUUUUUAUAUAUAGAUUCUUGUAUAAAUGUACAAAAUAAAUUAACAAUUAACGUAAACUUUUAUUAACAUUUUGUGAUGUUUCAAAUAUAUUUUAUCCAAUAUUUGAAAUCUGUAAUUAUUAGGAUAUAUUAAGGAACUUUUUUUUUAAAUAAUGUGCAACUUUGAACCAAAUUUGUAAAUAAUAGACAAUGUAUAUGUGUAUAUUGAUUUAUUUGUCAUAAAUAAUUAAUAAAUGUUCAGAUCUCUUUA